UUUUUUUUUUCUGGAUUGCGCCCACGCAACUGGCUUUGCGCCACGCAUCCCUAUUGCUUUCCUUAAUUACCUCCUCAAAAUGGCCCCAUUCCGUAACUUCCUGUCUCGAAAGUCCGCCGCACCACCCAAUGGCGGGGAGAUUAUCACCACCCUAGACAAUUCCAGCACUACCAGCCGGCUAUCAAUUGAUGGCCAGCGCUCUACACCUCUGAGCUUCAGGAAGAGCUUUGAGAAAGAGCCACCAGAAUAUAAACUGAGUGUCGUCGAUGCCAAUGGCGCUUAUCUUCCGCCAUCACCGCCCGAGAAACAGAGCUUCUGGCCCAAAUAUCCCGGUUCACCCAAAUCCUCACAUCAUCGCGAUCUUGUCGAUGAAAACGAACCAUUCUCGAUAUCGCGGGAGUCUUUCGACUCAUAUCGUCGUUCCUUCGACAUCUCCGCCCGCUCCCCUGUGUGCUACACCGAUGCACUGCCCUCGCGGACAUCGCUCGACUCGCGCGUUUCUCGAAUGACAUCACCGCCAUCCACACUACACACCGGCCUCUGCCGACAGCCCGAAUCGAUGGAAGAGGAGCAAUUCGAAGACGUGGGUCUUGACGACGAAACCGAGGUCAAGCCCAAGAGGAAGAGCAUUUUCUCUCGGUUCGGCGAUCUCACAAGCGACUCGCACUCAUCCAGCAACACCAAAUCCUCGUCUCUGGGGUUCCACAUCCCUGGCCGCAAACGAGGACAGAGCAACGUGGGCUCGGAGAUGGGCGCUUUCAAGUCCCCGCCGGCGAGUGCCGGAUCCGAAACUAAUGAUGCAUGAUACAAUCGCAGAAUUUCUAAAAUCCAUAUACCAUGACUCGGGGCCGCUGGGAGGAUUGACUUGCCAGUGACCGAGGUUUGCUUUCUCAAUCGCUCCAUUUCGUGGGACUCGUCGACGAGUUUUGCUGUCCGUCAGCCCCGCUUGCUUGUUGGGUCGACGAACGAACGCAUUGCGUGUUUCUCAUGCUGUCGAACUUCACUAUUCUGGCAUCUUAUUGUCCAUUUCAAUAGAUAAUCAUUCAUGUACAUAGUUUUAAGAUUUCUAUUAUAUGACUGUUUCCGUCAAUGCUACGAUUCUCCAG